AUGACUUCAUUGUGGUCAGCGACGAUGAAGAGGAAGUCAACACCACCGACGGCAUAUCAGACAUCGGCCCGGCUGCAGCUGAGGCACUUGGCAUGCUCGUGCACACCAUGUACAACGAUGAGACAGGGCUCACCCUCUACCCUGUCUCGCAAUAUCGUUGUGUGCUGCCGGACCAUCCGCAAGACCAGGAAUUUGCAGGCCAGAUCAGGCCAGGCAAUACGGUCGACGCGUUUUCCAAAAUUGUUGUUUGCUUGCUGCGCUGUUCCUUUACCCGGCCAUGUGAGGAAAGGGCGUCAUGCAAAUCUCCGAGCUGCCGGAACAUGA